AGGCCUAUAACGAAGAGGAGUUUCUGGAUUUCCUAGUUCUUUUGAGACAGAGAGUCAAAGGAGACAAACCUCCCAGUCUACUUCAACAUGUCUGGAUCUACUCAGCCCGUGACACAGAACUGGCGAGCCACUGAGCCCCGCUAUCCCCCUCACACCAUGUCCUACCCAGUUCAGAUCAGCCGGACACAUGCGGAUGUGGGUCUCUUAGAGUAUCAGCAUCAUCCCAGGGAUUACACUUCCCACCUACCACCUGGAUCUAUUAUACAGCCACAGCGUAGGAGGCCUUCCUUGCUGUCUGAAUUCCAGCCCGGAAAUGAAAGGUCUCAGGACUUACACUUGAGAGCGGAGCCCCACUCCUAUCUCUCUGACAUGAGCAAACAGUCGGAAAUAGAGUUCAUUGAAACAAAACGACCACGGCUAGACCUGCUGCCAGACCCAUUGAUGCGGCACUCGCCUUUACUCAACCAAAAUCAGCAGGCAGGGAUGGAAGAUCUCUCAAAGGAUCGAGGCCUGACAGGCAAGCUGGAACCCGUGUCUCCAGUCAGCCCUGCCCACCCGGACUCGGAAUUGGAUCUGUUGCCAUCCAGGCUUUCGAAGGAGGAGCUGAUCCAGAACAUGGACCGUGUGGAUCGGGAAAUCACCAUGGUCGAACAGCAGAUUUCGAAGCUGAAAAAGAAACAGCAACAGUUGGAGGAGGAAGCAGCCAAACCACCGGAGCCUGAGAAACCGAUAUCGCCCCCACCCAUUGAGUCCAAGCAUCGCAGCUUAGUGCAGAUAAUCUAUGAUGAGAACAGGAAAAAAGCAGAAGCUGCCCACAGGAUUCUGGAAGGAUUGGGUCCUCAAGUGGAACUGCCAUUAUACAACCAGCCUUCAGACACCAGGCAGUACCAUGAAAACAUUAAAAUAAACCAGGCAAUGAGGAAGAAGUUAAUUUUGUACUUUAAGAGGAGAAAUCAUGCUCGUAAACAGUGGGAACAGAAGUUUUGCCAGCGCUAUGACCAGCUGAUGGAAGCCUGGGAAAAGAAAAACCCCCGGCGCCGUGCCAAGGAGAGCAAAGUGCGGGAAUACUAUGAGAAGCAGUUUCCAGAGAUCCGGAAGCAGCGGGAGCUGCAGGAGCGCAUGCAGAGGGUAGGACAGAGGGGCAGCGGUCUCUCCAUGUCGGCUGCACGCAGCGAGCACGAGGUGUCAGAAAUCAUUGAUGGGCUCUCAGAACAAGAGAACCUGGAGAAGCAGAUGCGCCAGCUUGCCGUCAUCCCCCCCAUGCUGUAUGAUGCUGACCAGCAGCGCAUUAAAUUCAUCAAUAUGAAUGGCCUGAUGGACGACCCCAUGAAGGUGUAUAAGGACCGGCAGGUGAUGAACAUGUGGAGCGAACAGGAGAAGGACACCUUUCGGGAAAAGUUCAUGCAGCAUCCAAAAAAUUUUGGUGUGAUUGCUUCGUUUUUGGACCGGAAGACGGUGGCAGACUGCGUGCUCUAUUACUACUUGACCAAGAAGAAUGAGAACUACAAGAACCUUGUGAGGAGGAAUUAUCGGCGACGGGGAAAGAAUCAGCAGCAACAGCAGAUACCCCGUAGCAGCCAAGAGGACAAGGAUGAAAAAGAAAAAGAAAAGGAGAAGGAGGCAGAGAAGGAGGAAGACAAACAGGAAGCAGAAAAUGACAAAGAAGAACUGACGAAGGAGAAGAAUGACGACACCUCUGGGGAAGAUAACGAUGAGAAAGAAGCUGUCACUUCCAAAGGGCGCAAAACUGCCAACAGUCAGGGCAGGCGCAAAGGCCGCAUCACCCGUUCCAUGGCUAACGAGGCCAACAAUGAGGAGGCAGCUGCUCCGCAGCAGAAUACAGAGCUGGCUUCUUUGGAGAUGAAUGAAAGUUCUCGCUGGACAGAGGAAGAAAUGGAGACAGCCAAAAAAGGUCUCCUUGAACAUGGGCGAAACUGGUCGGCCAUUGCCAGGAUGGUGGGCUCCAAGACUGUGUCGCAGUGCAAAAACUUCUAUUUCAACUACAAGAAAAGACAGAACCUGGAUGAGAUCCUGCAGCAGCACAAACUAAAAAUGGAGAAAGAAAGGAACGCAAGGCGGAAGAAGAAGAAAGCCCCAACCAUUCAAAAUGAAGAAGCUGCUUUCCCUCCUGCAGCAGAGGAUGAGGAGAUGGAGGUAUCUGGGACGAGUGGAAAUGAAGAGGAGAUGGCCGAGGAGGCGGAAGCUGCAGUAAAUCACAGCUCAGAUACCGAGAGCAUUCCCUCGCCAAGGCCCGAGGCCAAAGAAAGUGGAGAGAAUGGGCCCCAGGCAACACAUGGGCCUGAGAGAGACUCCAGUGCAGAACCUGCCCUCAAGGCAGAAGAUGUUGAUACUGCUCCUGCAGCUAAUCCCACCACUACUGCCACCCCACCACCCCAGGAGGCAGCUGCUGAGCUGGCCAGAAGUGAGGAGAAGCUGCAGGAGGAGCUGGUGGUAGAUGUAGUAAAAACAGAGGAGCCGGAGGAGAAGCUGAGCGAAGAGCCUUGCAAGAGCGAAAUCAAGGAGGAGGAGACUGAGGACUAUCCGGAGAGAGACAAGGCAAGCGACAAGAAAACAGAGAGUGGUGGUGGCAGCAUGGUGGGAGCAGAGGCAGUGCCCAAAGCUGAAAAGAAAGAGGGUUCUAAAGCAGGAAAAGCUUCUGGGCACAACCCUGACAGUGACUCCAGCGCCACUUGCAGUGCGGACGAGAUGGACGAGCAGGACGCUGUGGACAAAAACAGGCUGCUGUCUCCACGGCCCAGCCUCCUCAACGCUACCACUGAUGCCCGGCUGAACUCUUCCCCUCAGAAACCACUGGACCUGAAGCAGCUGAAGCAGAGAGCUGCUGCCAUCCCCCCCAUCAUUUCCGAGGGAUUCCUAGACGGGACGUCACAGAGUGGAAGCAUGAAGCCCCAGGUGCCUCACCAUGCCUUGGCCCUCUACCAGCAGCAGAUCACUAAAGCCCAUGAAUCUGCCCGAGAGGAUGUGGCCCCAAGCAAGCAGCAGCAGCCAGAGCAGGAGCAGCAGCCAAGCAGUAGCCCCAGAGGACAGAGCAGGAGCCCGGUUGUUGGUGACAAGGAAGAAAAAACAGUGCAUUUCUCAUCACUCACAGAGGGACAAAAGCUAAGUGGAGAGCAGAUAGCCACCUCUUGCUGGCCUUCUGUGUUGCCCUACCAAGUGUCAUCUCGGGAUGUGAUCAAAACCUCCCCACAGACUGAGACACAUGUAUUUCAGUACAAUCUACCAGCUCACCCGAUCCCUUUAAAUUUGCAUGAGAGCUCUCGGCCUGGGCUACAAAGGUUGUCCAACAUCUCCAAUCCUCCCCCUCUCAUCUCUUCCACCAAACACCUGUCUGUUCUGGAGCGGCCCAUUGGCUCUAUUUCUCAGGGGGUGCCCAUUCAGCUCCACACUCCGUACAGCUCUGAGCAUGCAAAAGUUCCUGUUGGCUCCAUUACCAUGGGCUUGCCAUUGACUAUGGAUCCUAAGAAACUGGUGCCUUUUCCUGGCAUAAAGCAGGAACAGCUUUCUCCUAGAAGCCAGGCCAACCAGCCUGAAAGCCUGGUGAUGCAGACAUCCCAAGAGAGCACCAUCCUGCGGGGGACAUCGUUGGGCUCAACCCCAGGAGGUAGCAUCAGCAAGGGACUCCUCAGCACUAGGCCUCCGUUGGACUCGCCCAUCACAUAUCGCGGAUCCAUCACGCACGGCACCCCAGCUGAAGUGCUGUACAAAGGAACCAUUACCAGAAUAAUUGGAGAAGACAACCCCAGCAGAGUGGAGAAGGUGAGAGAGGAUACCUUACCCAAAGGACAUGUCAUCUAUGAAGGAAAGAAGGGCCAUGUGCUCUCCUAUGAUGGUGGAGUUGGUGCUUCCCCGUGCCCCAAGGAGGACAACCGAAGUGCUGGUGCUUCUCACGAGACCACUGGUACCAAACGGACCUACGAUAUGAUGGAGGGGAGAAUCAGCCGAGGCUUAUCAGCACGUGAUUUGUCAUCUACUAGCAUAGAAGGACUAAUGGGUCGAGCGAUCCCACCUGACAGACACAGUCCCCAUAACUUAAAGGAGCAACAUCAUAUCCGGGGCUCAAUUACUCAAGGAAUCCCACGCUCCUACGUGGAGGGCCAUGAGGAUUACCUCAGAAGAGAAGCCAAACAGCUCAAGAGAGAAAACACUCCGCCAAGGGACAUGUCUGACACCUACAAGGUUAGGCCUCAUGAGGGCCUCACUCUCUUGAAAAUGAAAGCAGCUCACGAGGGCCUCGUUGCCACGGUGAAGGAAGCUGGACGAUCAAUUCAUGAGAUUCCCAGAGAAGAGUUAAGGCGCACGCCUGACAUUCCAGUGGCAGCAAGGCCUCUGAAGGAAGGAUCUAUCACACAGGGUACCCCAUUGAAAUAUGACAGCAACUCUUCCUCAGCAAGUGCCAAGAAGCAUGACGUGCGGUCAAUCAUCGGGAGUCCGGGGGGCACUUUUCACUCGGUGCACUCGCUGGAUGUCAUGCAAGACCCAAGGACUCUGGAAAGAGCAUGUUAUGAAGAGAGCCUGAAAAGCAGGCCCAACCCAGUUUCAAACCCCGGAGGUUCAAUUACCAGGGGAGCCCCUGUGAUCGUCCCCGAGCCCGGAAAGCCACGCCGCAGCCCACUUUCCUACGAGGACCAUGGGGCGGCGUUUAGUAGCCAUCUGCAUCGCGCCUCUCCGGUAUCCACAAGGGAGUCGACUCCACGGCAGCAUGAAGGGAGCAUCACAGCUGGGAAGCCGGUGUCUCAGGACAGAAAGGUCACCCCCACCACAAGAGACAUCACCAGUUCCAAGUCUCCUCAUGCUACUCUAGUGGACCAUCACCAUCCCAUCUCUCCGUAUGAACAUUUACUCCGGGGAAUGAGUGGUGUUGAUUUGUACCGAGGACACAUUCCAUUGGCCUUCGACCCCGCUGCAAUUCCCAGGGGAAUUCAGUUGGAAGCAGCUGCUGCUUACUACUUGCCCAGGCACCUUGCUCCAAGUCCAACAUAUCCCCGAGGGUAUCCAGACACUGCCGCCAUGGAGAACAGACAGACCAACAUCAACGACUACAUCACCUCCCAGCAGAUGCACCAGAACGCUGCCGCCACUGCCAUGGCUCAGAGGGCGGACAUGCUGCGCGGACUCUCACCCCGAGACCCCUCGCUGGCUCUCAACUAUGCUGCAGGGAUCAUCGACCUGUCCCAAGUGCCACACCUGCCUGUCCUUGUGCCUCCCACACCUGGCACCCAAACCCACAUCACCCCCCGCGCCCCACAGAUAUUGAGCAGCUGACACAGUAGCUCCCCGCUCUCCCCAGGAGGCCCCACACACAUGACCAAACAGACAGGAGCAUCGGCUUCUGAACGGGAGCGGGAGAAAUCUUUCCUAGCAGCCACAACCGUGGAGCACGCACCCAUCUGGAGACCAGGGACUGAGCAAAGCAGCAGCCGUUCAACCACCCAUUCUCACAGCCACCAGCACUCUCCAGCCUCACCUCGCACCCAUGAAACCAUCCAGCAGCGCCCCAGCGUGCUGCACAACACAGGCAUGAAGGUCAUCUCAUCGGAGAGCCUCACCCCGUCGGUUCUGCGGUGGGUGUGGGCUUUGCCACUCCCCCGGGUCCUGGCCUUGUCUCUCUGCCGCAUGAUCCUACUCUCUCCCCCCCCCCCCCCCCCCCCCCCCCCCACCAUCCGCUCUGCAGGCUUCCCCACUGCAUCCUCCCUGCGCUGUUCCAUCACUGGGGCAGACAGCUAUGCAGGGAUGGACCCAGCUCUCCUACAGAAAGAGGCCUCCAGGGCCCGAGAAGCCAAGGUAGAACGCCCUCAGACUGACAACAACAUAUUCACCUCAAAGCUGCCCAGUGGGACCGGCCUAGAACAGUCAUCAACACCUGUUAAAGUCAUGGAGUCCCGGCCCUUACCAGCUACCGGGCCAGGUUCUACCCAGCAGUAUAGCAGAGGACAGGGGAAACACCAGCCACUUCAUCCACCCCUGGAUCAGCAGCAUGCCGCCCCGGCCAAUGAGCAGCACAGUAGAGAAAAGAGUCAAAGUAAAUCCUUUUCAAUGCAGGAACAGGAGCUCCGAACACUCGGUAAGACCACCAUGACAGCGGCCAGCUUCAUAGAUGUGAUUAUCAUGCGUCAAAUUUCUUGCGAUAAGGGGAAGCGAGAAAGACGCUCGCUAAAUAACGACUCUACUAGUGCUGGGUUCCACGGACGCUACAGCCCUGAUGGUGUUGGGGCGGUGAGCCCGGUGAGCUCGCCCAGCGUAUCCCAUGAGAAAGGGGCAAAGGGGCUGCCAGACGUGGAGAAAGGGCACGGGGAGCACAACGUGAGGCAGAAACCACAAGCCUCUCUGAAGCUCUCUGUGGCAGAAGCGGCUCACACGCAGCACCUGCGCCAGCUGCCCGAAGGCCAGCAAUCCCCGUGCCAGCUGCUGCCGUCAGCCCACAAUGCCAAAGGCCACCAGCAGCGGGUGGUCACACUGGCUCAGCACAUCAGUGAGGUUAUUACACAAGACUAUACGCGCCAUCAUCCUCAGCAGCUGAAUUCCCACCUCCAGACUCCAAUGUACUCCUUCCCUGGGGCCCCGUGCCCCGUGCUGGACCUGCGAAGGACGCCCAGUGAAGCAUACAUCCCACCACAGGAGCAUGUGCUGGCCUCUAGAAUCUCCCCCCAGAGCGAGACAGACAGGAGAUCUCCUGAGCAAAACAAAGCAGCUGCUGGGAGUGCACCAGAUGACUGCAUUGAGCCUGUCUCACCACCAGAGAGUGUGGGAGAGUCAGAGCACGCAAGGAGCACCACCUACCCGAUCUUGUAAGGAGAGGGAGAACAGUCAGAGCAAAGAAUGGGUUCCAAAUCCCCAGGAAACACCACCCAACCCCCAGCCUUCUUCAGCAAACUGACAGAGAGCAACUCUGCCAUGGUGAAAUCCAAGAAGCAAGAGAUCAUCAAAAAGCUCGGCACGACCAACAGGAGCGAGACGGAGUAUAAUGUUGGACAGCCUGGGACAGAGAUCUUCAACAUGCCAGCCAUUACUGGACCAGGGCUAAUCAAUUGUAGAAGCCAGGCGGUUCAAGACAAUUCCAGUACCAACAUGGGGUUGGAGGCAAUAAUUAGGAAGGCCCUAAUGGGUAAAUAUGACGAGCAGUGGGAAGAGCGCUCGCCUCUCAGUGCCAAUGCUUUUAACUCUCUGAAUGCCAGCACAGGUGUGCCCGCUGCUAUGCCCAUAACCGCUGCUGACGGACGGAAUGACGACAUGCGCGCCUUGCCAGGAGGAGGGGGGAAGCCAAAGAUUGCUGCCAGACCCAAUAGCCGCAAGGCUAAGUCUCCAGCGCCGGGCCUGUCCUCUGGAGAGAGGCCACCAUCUGUUUCUUCUGUUCAUUCAGAGGGGGACUGUAACAGGAGGACACCGCUAACCAAUCGAGUUUGGGAGGACAGGCCUUCAUCUGCAGGUUCCACACCAUUUCCAUACAACCCACUGACAAUGAGGCUUCCAACCGGCGUGGUGACGGCCCCGCCCCCAGCGUCCAUUCCACAAGGGAACUCCGCCAGCCAGCACCACGCCUGGGAAGAGGAGCCCAAGCCCCUGCUCUGCUCCCAGUAUGAAACGCUGUCAGACAGCGAAUGAACGAACGAGAGAGCAGGAGCAGAGCAGACAAACCGGUCAGCUGGCCAGGGUGAACACCAACCACAACAGUCCACGGUGCUGUCAGCAAAGAAGCUAGAGCAGCACUUUUCCAAUCGGUUGAUUUCUCACAUCAGGAAAUUUCUGAAUCCUCUUCAGUCCAAAGCCUUAAGACAGCCAGAUGGAACCCAGCCUAAUUCUCUUUCCAGCACUGGUGUCCUCCACC